AUGCGGUUCACCAUUCUCUUGGCCCUGGUUGGGCUCGCCGCUGCUGCCGUUCAUCAGCAUCCACUAAUGUGGCGAAAGUCGAGGAAGAUCCAAAUGAUUGAGCGAGGAGAAUAUGCUGCUUACGUCGAGUACCGCAACUCUCUACGGGCAACGAAUCUUGCCAGUCUAGGACAAUCGGUGUCCGAUUAUGGAGAUUACGAAUACGUUGGUAACAUCACCAUCGGCACACCCAACCAGCAGUUUGUCGUCGUACUGACACGGGAUCAGCCAACCUCUGGGUCAUGUUCAUAA